UUGGCACUUGCUCCUUCAGUUUCUUUUAAUCUAGUUGGCUCUUCAUCUCUUCGUAGGAAACCUGCAAGCCUCAAAUCUCUUACAGGCGCUGAUAUCGCUAAUGUUGUCAAUGAAGCUGCUAUACGAGCUGCCUCCACAGGAAAGCCUGUAGUUUCUGUGAACGAGCUUGAGUAUGCAAUGGAUCGGGUUCUGGCCGGUCGGUCGCUUCUGCUACGUCGUAAAUUUUUGUUACCUUCCUGGCUUACAGGUGCUGAAAAAAGAUCACGCUCGUUAGUUGAAGAGGAGCGUGAAGUUGUAGCAUAUCACGAGGCUGGGCAUGCACUGGUCGGGUGGUUAUUGAAGCACACUGAUGCUCUAUUGAAGGUAACUAUCAUACCUCGCACGUCUGCCGCUCUUGGUUUUGCUCAAUAUAGUCCCAGAGACCAGAAGUUGUUCACAAAGGAAGAACUGUUCGAGCGCAUGUGUAUGAUGCUAGGUGGUCGCGCUGCCGAAAACAUCAAAUUCGGAAGAAUCACGACUGGAGCUCAGGAUGACCUCAAGAAGGUGACAGAAUCAGCUUAUAAUCAAGUAAAACGUUAUGGAAUGAGCAAGGUGGUCGGUCCGUUGUCGUUUCCUCCUAAUGACGAGUUGAAAAUCAAGCCGUUUAGCAAAAAGUUUGCCCAUGUGAUGGAUCAGGAAGCAUCAAGUUUGGUGGCUCAGGCUUAUUAUGCCACAGAAGAUCUGUUAAGGAAAAAUGCAGAUAAGCUGGAAACGGUGGCCGCAGUUGCUAAGACCCUCCAUUCCAUUGAUUUACAGUUAGCUCAAGAGCUGUUGAAAAGAGAAGUGCUCAACUACGACGACGUCAAGAUUCUCAUAGGACCACCUCCACAUGGCGAUAAAUAUGUAGUAGAGUUAGUAGACAAUAUUCUUCCCAAGGAGGAUAAUGUGAUGUAAAG